AUGAAAUUAAUAAAGAAUUUAAUAGAAAAAGAUUAUAGUGGAAGUGUUAAACUACACAUUGAAGAGGAGGAAGACUUUUGGCAUAUAUACAAUCUAUUGCAGGUAGGCGAUCGAAUGACAUCGUCUACUAUUCGAAAGAUACAAAAGGAAUCGGCUACAGGCUCUGUACAGAAUGAACGUCAACGUAUCACCAUCACCAUCAAGGUGACCAAGAUUGACUAUGACGAAAACUCGAAUCUCUUGCGUGUGUCUGGUACUGUGUGCGAGGAGAACAGACUCGUAAAGCUUGGCAGCUUCCACACGAUCGAUUUGGAGGUAAACAAUGACUUUAUGGUGGCCAAGGACGAGUGGGACAUGGUUGCAAUCGAGUUGCUCAAGACAUCGACCGACAUUGCUCAACGUGCCGAUGUCGCUGCACUCAUCAUGAACGAAGGUCUUGCCAACCUCUGUCUCAUCACUUCAUCCAUGACCGUCAUCAAAGGUCGUAUUGAAGUACCCGUGCCACGCAAGGGUCGUUCCACAUCUGAAAGUCAUCAAAAAGGUCUAGAGAAUUUCUUUUCUCUUAUCCUUCAAUCCAUUCAACGUAAUAUAAACUUUCAAGUUGUUAAAUGUUUUAUUAUUGCAAGUCCUGCUUUUACAAAGGAUAAAUUUUAUCAAUAUAUGGUUGAACAAGCAUCCAAGAAUGAUAUGUAUAAAGAUAUUAAAUUAAACAAAUCAAAAUUCAUAUUGGCACAUUCAUCGAGUGGUCAUAGAUACUCUUUAAAGGAGGUAUUGUCUGAACCAACGAUUCAAAGUCAGAUGACCAACACCAAGGCUGCCAGCGAGAUAAAGGCACUUAAUUGCUUUUAUGAUAUGCUCAAAAAGGAUCCAAAUCGUGCCUUUUAUGGAUACGAUCAUGUCAACAAGGCAAAUGAAAAAUUGGCUGUCGAGACUCUACUAGUCACCGACGACUUUUUUAGAAAGGAUAUUACAACAAGAAGAAAAUAUGUAGAAUUAGUACAAUCUGUUAAAAAUAAUGGAGGUGAUGUUAAAAUUUUCUCUGGUUUACAUGUUACUGGUGAACAAUUAUCAAAAUUAUCAGGAGUUGCAGCCAUUUUACGAUGUCCAUUAGAGUUGGAAGAUGAAGAAGAGGAAUAUAUAGAAGAAGAUGAUGACCAAGACGAUGAUGAUAACUCUAGUGAAGAUGAAUAUGAAUUUGCAUCAAUCUCUAAUAAAUAA